GUUUCCUCAGAAACCUUGAUGGAUACGCGGACGGCGACGGCCGAGCUGGGCUGGACCGCCAACCCUCCUUCAGGGUGGGAAGAAGUCAGUGGCUACGACGAAAACCUCAACACCAUCCGUACGUACCAGGUGUGCAACGUCUUCGAGCCCAACCAGAACAACUGGCUCCUCACCACGUUCAUCAACCGGCGUGGAGCUCACCGCAUCUACACCGAGAUGCGCUUCACUGUGCGGGACUGCAGCAGCCUCCCCAACGUCCCCGGCUCCUGCAAAGAGACCUUCAACCUCUACUACUACGAGACAGACUCCGUCAUUGCCACCAAGAAGUCCGCCUUCUGGACGGAGGCACCCUACCUCAAAGUGGACACCAUUGCUGCUGACGAGAGCUUCUCCCAGGUGGACUUUGGGGGCAGGUUGAUGAAGGUGAACACAGAAGUGAGAAGUUUCGGGCCCCUGACCCGCAAUGGCUUUUACCUGGCUUUCCAGGACUACGGGGCUUGUAUGUCUCUGCUGUCCGUCAGGGUCUUCUUCAAGAAGUGCCCCAGCGUGGUGCAGAACUUCGCCAUCUUCCCAGAGACGAUGACAGGAGCGGAGAGCACCUCUCUAGUGACUGCCCGGGGCACCUGCAUCCCCAACGCCGAGGAGGUGGACGUGCCCAUCAAACUGUACUGCAACGGGGACGGGGAGUGGAUGGUCCCCAUCGGCCGCUGUACGUGCAAGGCUGGUUACGAGCCGGAGAACAACGUGGCUUGCAAAGCCUGCCCGGCGGGGACGUUCAAGGCCAGCCAGGGCGCGGGGGUCUGCGUGCCGUGCCCCUCCAACAGCCGCUCCACCGCCGAGGCCUCGCCGCUCUGCACGUGCCGCAACGGCUACUACCGGGCGGAUUUUGACCCACCAGCAGCCGCCUGCACCAGUGUCCCAUCCGGCCCUCGCAAUGUCAUCUCCAUCGUCAACGAGACGUCCAUCAUCCUGGAGUGGCACCCGCCGCGAGAGACGGGGGGUCGGGACGACGUCACCUACAACAUCGUCUGCAAGAAGUGCCGGUCGGACCGACGCGCCUGUUCCCGCUGCGAUGACAACGUGGACUUUGUCCCCAGGCAGCUGGGGCUGACGGAGACCCGGGUCUUCAUCAGCAGCCUGUGGGCGCACACGCCGUACACCUUUGAGAUCCAGGCUGUCAACGGCGUUUCCAACAAGAGCCCCUUCCCACCGCAGCACGUCUCCGUCAACAUCACCACCAACCAAGCCGCACCCUCCACCGUCCCCAUCAUGCACCAGGUGAGCGCCACGAUGAGGAGCAUCACGCUCUCCUGGCCUCAGCCCGAGCAGCCCAACGGCAUCAUCCUGGACUAUGAGAUCCGCUACUACGAGAAGGACCACAACGAGUACAACUCCUCCAUGGCCCGCAGCCAGACCAACACGGCCAGGAUCGAGGGGCUGCGACCCGGCAUGGUGUACGUGGUGCAGGUCCGAGCCCGCACCGUGGCCGGCUACGGCAAGUACAGCGGGAAGAUGUGCUUCCAGACACUGACGGACGAUGACUACAAGUCGGAGCUGAGAGAGCAGCUGCCUUUGAUCGCGGGGUCCGCAGCGGCCGGGGUGGUCUUCAUCGUCUCGCUGGUGGCCAUUUCCAUCGUCUGUAGCAGGAAGCGCGCCUACAGCAAGGAGGCGGUGUACAGCGAUAAAUUACAGCACUACAGCACCGGGCGAGGGUCUCCAGGGAUGAAGAUCUACAUCGACCCCUUCACUUACGAGGACCCCAAUGAGGCGGUCCGAGAGUUCGCCAAGGAGAUCGAUGUAUCCUUUGUGAAGAUUGAAGAGGUCAUUGGAGCAGGGGAGUUUGGAGAAGUGUAUAAAGGACGCCUGAAGUUGCCCGGCAAGCGGGAGAUCUACGUGGCCAUCAAAACGCUCAAAGCCGGCUACUCCGAGAAGCAGCGCCGGGAUUUCCUGAGCGAGGCCAGCAUCAUGGGGCAGUUUGACCACCCCAACAUCAUUCGGCUGGAAGGGGUGGUGACCAAAAGCCGACCGGUCAUGAUCAUCACGGAGUUCAUGGAGAACGGGGCCCUGGACUCAUUCUUGCGGCAAAACGAUGGGCAGUUCACAGUGAUCCAGCUGGUGGGGAUGCUGCGAGGAAUCGCCGCCGGGAUGAAGUACCUUGCAGAGAUGAAUUACGUCCACCGAGAUCUGGCUGCCAGAAACAUCCUGGUCAACAGCAACCUGGUCUGCAAAGUGUCCGACUUCGGCCUCUCGCGCUACCUGCAGGACGAUACGUCCGACCCCACCUACACCAGCUCCUUGGGGGGGAAGAUCCCCGUCAGGUGGACGGCGCCGGAGGCCAUCGCUUACCGCAAGUUCACCUCGGCCAGCGACGUCUGGAGCUACGGCAUCGUCAUGUGGGAGGUGAUGUCGUUCGGGGAGAGGCCCUACUGGGACAUGUCCAACCAAGAUCGUCCCGCGCCGCGGCGAAAGGCUCCCCGAGCGGCUCGUGCUGCCGCGGCGGAGAGGGGAAGGACAGGAAUUCAUAAAUCCUCCGCCGGGCCUUCUCAGCCCCUCCUCGACCGCUCCAUCCCCGACUUCACUGCCUUUACCUCAGUAGACGACUGGCUGAGCGCCGUGAAGAUGAGCCAGUACCGGGACAGCUUCCUGACCGCUGGCUUCACCUCCCUUCAGCUUGUGGCCCAGAUGACGUCCGAAGACCUCCUGAGAAUAGGGGUGACUUUGGCUGGGCACCAGAAGAAGAUCCUGAACAGCGUCCAGUCCAUGCGAAUACAGAUGAGUCAGUCGCCGACCUCGAUGGCAUGA